GCGGUAUAAUAGGCCGCUGCCCGCCGUCCCGGGGCGGAGAGUUGCUCCCCGGUGCCGCGCCCCGUGUGCAUGCGGCGGUAACGGCUCCAGCCCGCCGCGCUGCUCAGGGCGGUCCCGGGCCACUCGCGCUGGGGGGCCCACACCGGGCCCGGCCCGUAGGGGCAGGAGCAGGGUAGGGGGCGGCGGGGCGAUGGGCAGAGCCCCCGCGGGGCGCCCCGCUGCCCGGCUGUCAGCAGCGCCGGCCGGGGGGCUGCGCUAGGGCGGCCGGGGCUCCCCCCACCCCGGGCGGCUACGAGGAUGCAGCACCCGCUGGAGCUGGGGGCCGGGCACUACUUCCCGGCCGAAGCCUUUCCCGACCACCGCUCGCAUCGCUACCGCAGCUUCAUGAUCGAGGAGAUCCUCACCGACCCCCCGGACUCCAAGGGGGCCGCGCCGGCCGGGGAGCUGCUCAAGUUCGGGGUGCAGGCGCUGCUCUCCGCCCGGCCCUACCACAACCACCUCGCAGUGCUAAAGGCGGAGCCGGCAGCCGUGUUCAAGUUCCCCCUGGCUCCCUUGGGCUGCUCGGGGCUGGGCUCGGCGCUGCUGGCCGCCGGCUCGGGGCUGCAGGGCGGCUCCGCCUCGCCCCAUCUCCCGCUGGAGCUGCACCUCCGCGGCAAGCUGGAGCCGGGCCCCCCGGAGCCGGGCAGCAAGGCCAAGAAGGGACGCCGCAGCCGCACCGUCUUCACCGAACUGCAGCUCAUGGGGCUGGAGAAGCGCUUCGAGAAGCAGAAAUAUCUCUCCACGCCCGAUAGGAGGAAAGCUACCAGCCGAGAUGAAAUUUGCCGGGCCUCACCGUCUCUCUCUCUCGCCCGCAGAAUAGACCUGGCCGAAUCGUUGGGGCUCAGCCAGCUCCAGGUGAAAACUUGGUAUCAGAACAGGCGCAUGAAAUGGAAGAAAAUAGUGUUGCAGGGGGGCGGCCUGGAGUCCCCCACCAAGCCAAAGGGCCGCCCCAAGAAGAACUCCAUCCCCAGCAGCGAGCAGCUCUCGGAGCAGGAACGAGCCCGGGAAGCCGAGAAGCCGCCCGAGAGCCUGGGCUCGCCGGCCGAGGUCAGCCAGGAGGAGUGAGGGCGACCGCCCGGCCCCACCGCCGCCGGCCCCGGCCGCCCCUCCGGCCGCUGCCCGCCGAGCCCGGCGCCGGCCCCGCGAGUGUCCGCAACCCCGCGGCGGCCCUGGGGGCAGAGGACAAGGGACAGCACGGUCCGUGCUCACGGUCGCCUUCGGUCUCCGGUGAACUGGGCGGUUUUGGUCGGUCGCGCCUCCGUCUCCCGCUCCUCUCCGCGCCCGCGGAGCGCUGCGCCAUGGACGCUUGUAUUGUGCGACGGCCCGGAGCGGCCAGGAGGUCACUGGAUCCCAUCUUUUCACAUCUGAUCGCUGUCUAAAACCCUGUGGUGCCCCUAGUUAUUCGAAAACUGCAUUUUAUGAUCAGUUUUAUUAAUGCGAAGAUAUUUACUUUAUUUCAAUAAAGUAUUUUAUGAACUAUUGCUUUGAAUAA